AGAUGAAUAGAGACCUAUUCUGAAUUGUAGAUUAAAUGCAUUUUGAGAGAUUGAUAUAACAAAUAUCUUUCUAUGUCAAAAAACAUAUUCAGCAUUCACUGUUAUCAUUUCUCCCUUUGAAUAUAAGUAUUAUACUUCGUUUUCUUCUCCGUCGUAGUUUCAUUCACUUGCUCACCGGACGGCAACAAUAACGGUUCUAUCACCGUUCGGAACUUCCAAUAUGCUUGCAGGUUCAACCACUGGGAGUUUCUUGGAUCUUAGAGCCACAAACUUCCCCAAAAAACCUGUUCCAGGGUUCGGAGGAAAUAGGCUUCCAAUUUCUGGUACAAGGUUCUGUCUGAAGAAUAAAGUUUCCUGCAAACUUCCUGAGUUAAGAAAUGAUUUGAGCUCUUCAAAGGAACUUGAAAAGAUUAAACCCUUGGUUAAGAUGUGCGGCAUUACAUCAGCUAAAGAUGCUGCAAUGGCGACGGAAGCUGGUGCAAACUUUAUUGGAAUGAUCAUGUGGCCAAACUCGAAACGUUCUGUUUCACUUUCUGUUGCAAAGGAGAUAUCAAAAGUUGCAAGAGAUUAUGGGGCAGAGCCUGUUGGAGUAUUUGUGGAUGAUGAUGCGGAAACAAUACUAAGAGCUUCCGAUGCAUCAAAUCUCGAGUUUGUGCAGCUUCAUGGAUCUGGUUCGCGGGCAGCUUUCUCAUCUUUAAUUCCGGAAAAUCGUGUAAUUUAUGUUCUCCAUGCAAAUGGGGAUGGGAGUCUUUUAAACACAAUUCCUGAUGAAGAGGGUUCUCUUGUUGAUUGGGUUCUGGUAGAUAGUGCAAAGGGUGGCAGUGGCGAAGCAUUUGAUUGGGCCCAGUUUAAAUUACCAAAAAUUAGAAGCAAAUAUGGUUGGCUAUUAGCAGGAGGGAUCAAUCCUGAGAACGUUAGUGAGGCUCUGUCUAGUCUCAAACCCCAAGGGGUGGAUGUCAGCAGCGGCAUAUGUGCAUCAGAUGGUAUCCAGAAAGAUCAAUCAAGAAUAGCUUCCUUCAUAGGUGCAGUACAUUCUGUUCAGUACUGAGUUGCCUUAAAUUAUUAUGAACCUCAAGACAGGUUAUUUUGUAAUUUCAAAAUAUAUCCAUUUUGUUAUUAAGUCCAUCUGUGUCGUCAUUUUGUAAUGCUGAGUGGUAUAUGGAUACACACUUAAUUUACAAAUUUAAAUAAAAAGUUUGAUGAUGAUUUGAUAGUGA